CACUCUGACUACAAUUCCCAAGGUGCAUCGAAAGUAUCUCCUGUUCAAACCGGCCAAUCGGCGGCCGGCGAAGGCCGGCGCCGUAUUUAAAUCUGUGGCUGAGUACCAGCUGGGUUUUCGGCCCUCCGAGUGAAAGGGUUCUUACUCCGAGGGCGAACUUUAUGGAAGGAGGAGACGGCGGCGACGUGCCUUCAUCCAGCCAGGCGAGAGAGGUGAAGAUGGAUAUUGGUAGUAAGAAGGAAGACAUUCUUCUUUUGGAAGAUGAAAAAUUUGACUUCGAUCUCUCCUUGUCUUUUUCAAGUGCAAAUGAAGAUGAUGAAGUCUUUUUUGGGCCUGUUGGACAUAAAGAAAGAUGCAUUGCUGCCAGCUUGGACUUAAGCGGUCCGGUUCCCGGGCAGACUCUUACAGCAGCCUCUGGCAGCCCUUGUGCCUGGAGUCCUCUCACUGGGGAGAAGUUUGUAGAGGUGUACAAAGAAGCCCACUUAUUGGCCUUACAGAUAGAAAGCCACAGCCGAAGAGAGGUGGCCCAGGCUGCCAAACCCCAAAAUCCUAUGAACCAGGACAUGGAAAGAUUUGUGCAGGACUCACAGUUAAAAGUCAGCCUCUUUGAAAAAGAACAGAAGAGGGGGAAAAGCCCCAUGUCACUUAAAAGAGAUACAUUCUGCCUGCCAUCUUCAGGGGUACAGCCUUUCUUGGGGGAGUCCCAGCUGCUGGCUUCUCCAGCCAUGCUCAGUUCCCCUGUCCCAACUGGCCCCAUUCAGACCCAGAGCAACCAGGCUCUGCCCUGCUCCUCUCAGACAAUGCCAGGGGAGUCCAGGACCUUCCAACCUCCAAGUCAGGCUGGGCCACAGAAGAGGAUCACCAGCAAGCUACAACCACCCCGAGCUUUGCCAGUGAGAGGAAGACAUCUUCACCUGGCCACAGAGAAGCUCAAAAAAGAGGCACCAGCUAGUCUUCAGAGGACGAAACCAGUGAAUGAAAAGGUUUCACAGAGUGAUGUGCCCCUGGACAAAUCCAGCACUGUUCCAGAUGCUGACGGUAGAGGGAGCUGUCCAGGCAAGCGAUCCCUCCCUGUUCCCAACAAGUUGGGGCGGAAGAAGACCCUGUUGAAGCCACCUGGCUAUACUGGCAGUCUCACAAGGAAAGCCUCUGCCUCAGGGUCUGCUUCAAACUUCAUGUCUGGUACAUGUGUGUCUCCAGCAACAGGCAAAGCAAAGUCCAGUGAUCUUUCAAAUAUUCCCACUAGCGGCUCUCGGCCUCUGUCAAACACCAGCAAACUGGGCAAAAUAGGCCCUGCCACUUUGCAUCAGGCUUUGCCAACAGCCACUGCCAGGGCAUCUUGCAGACAAACCAGAAGGGCUGGUGCUGCCCAGACAAUGGCAGAGCAGCCCAAGGCCUCUAUCCUGACUCCUCUUAGCCAACAACCCCAGACUCCAGAACAAAGAAGACCGAGGCUGGACCCUGACACCCUGACAUCUUCUCAGUUGAAUAAAACUGGCAGCAUAAAACGGCGGGACUCCUAUUUAAACUGCAAGACAGAGGCUGUGCCUACCACUACAGACCCAUUUAAAGUCCCCCAAUUUUCAGUUGGUGAGUCAGCUGGUGGUGUGACCCCAAAGCUCUUGCGGACACAUCGGCUGCAGCCCUGGACACCAGCUAGCAGGGUCCUCAGCAGCACCCCUGUGAGACGCUCAUCGGGGCCCACUCCACAAGGGCUGCCCAGCAGUAUGAGGACUCCUGUGAGCACAAGGCGGAUGUCAGCAUUGCCCACACCUGCCAGUCGGCGCCUCUCUGGCCUUCCAUUAAUGGCACCUCAGUCCAUGCCCAGGGCUCUGGCAUCUCCACUCUGUGUGCCUGCCCGGCGACUUUCUUCUGAGCCCAGGAGAAGAUCCACAGUCAGAGUGGAGCCGUCACAGGAGAGCAGCAGCAAUGCCAAUGGUGGGCAGGGCCAAGGCCUGGCCUCAGAUGAGAGCUCUUCCCCUCCAUCCUCCGUGCCUCAAGCGCUUGCCUUUUCUCCCGAGAAGACUGACAUUCCUCCUUCUCAUGGCUCCACCACAGGGGCAGCUCAGGGUGAAGCAGAGCCUCAUGAAGACAACACCAGCCCCAGUGAGGGUCUUCUCCUAGACAUCAAUCUGGACCAGCUCACCAUCACUCCUGAAGCAGGAGGCAGAGACCUAGCUGACUGCCCUCUCAUCGACUUCAGCAACACCCCUGAGUCAAACAUGGCUUUGGGACCCAGCAGCUGGCCUCUGAUCGACCUUGUAAUGAACACCCCAGACAUGGGUAGAAACAAUGUGGGGAAACCUCCAAAGGCUGAGCUUGGGCAGCUGAUGGACCUGGGCUCCCCGCUGAUCCACCUGAGCCCUGAGGCUGACAAAGAAAAUGUGGACUCACCACUUCUCAAGUUCUGAGCAAAGCACAGCUCUCUGCCCUUUACUCUGUUUAUUUCUGGUGUGGCUUUAGGCCCGAGAAGCACGUUUUGGAAGGAAUUGUAUUUGUGCCUGGAGCGGUGCCCAGGUUGAGUUCUCCACUGUGGAUCUAAGCAAUCCACCUUUAUAGUUGCCCUGCUCCCUGUCUUUUCUUUAGACCUCAACACACCUCUCUAAAAACUUUGUUUUUGUUCUUUUGUAUGUAAAAUAGCAAAUGAUUGUUUGUAAACUUAAAUUUGUUUGAAAAGUUAAAUAUUCUAGAGUUAAAUUAAAUUAUAAAGUGCAGUAUAUUAAAGUGUGCUGGUUUUGUUUGGA